AUGGAGAAAGCGCUUAGCAGACAAAAAGUUCUUCUGGCUCAUCUGCAACCUUCUCCUUCUCCUUCUCCUUCUCCUUCUCUCUCUACUUCAUUUUGUGCUGCUGGGGACAGUGCUGCAUAUCACCGGGAAGCUGCUUUUGGUGAUGAUGUUGUGAUUGUGGCUGCAUACCGUACUGCUAUUUGCAAAGCCAAGCGUGGCGGGUUCAAGGAUACCUUUCCUGAUGAUUUACUUGGAUAUGUAUUAAAGGCAGUGGUAGAGAAAACAAAUGUGAAUCCAAGUGAAGUAGGGGACAUUGUUGUUGGAACUGUUCUGGCUCCUGGUUCAGAAAGAGCAAUUGAGUGCAGGAUGGCAGCUUUUUAUGCUGGUUUCCCUGAUACGGUGCCUGUCAGAACAGUCAACAGGCAAUGCUCAUCUGGCCUGCAGGCAGUUGCUGACAUUGCUGCUUGCAUAAAAGCAGGAUAUUAUGACAUCGGUGUUGCAGCUGGGUUGGAGUGCAUGACAGUGAACAGUAUUAAGGGUGUUCCCCAAGUUAACCCAAGAGUAGAGAUCUUUCAACAAGCCCGAGAUUGUCUUCUUCCUAUGGGUCUCACUUCUGAAAAUGUUGCUCAGCGUUAUGGCGUGACACGGAAGGAGCAAGACCAGACUGCUGUUGAAUCACAUAGGAAAGCUGCAGCUGCAAGAGCAUCUGGUAAAUUCAAAGAUGAAAUUAUCCCAGUUAUCACGAAGAUUGUGGACCCAAAAACUGGUGCAGAGAAGGCUAUUACAGUUUCAGAGGAUGAUGGCAUUCGACCAAACUCAAACCUGGCAGAGCUGUCCAAGCUGAAACCUGCAUUCAAAAGGGAUGGAUCCACUACUGCUGGCAAUGCUAGCCAAGUCAGUGAUGGUGCUGGAGCUGUCCUUCUUAUGAAAAGAAGCCUGGCUGCACAGAAGGGACUUCCAAUUCUUGGAGUGUUCAGGAGUUUUGCUGCUGUUGGUGUGGAUCCUGCCGUAAUGGGUGUAGGUCCAGCUGCUGCAAUUCCUGCUGCAGUGAAAGCUGCUGGACUUGAGCUUAAUGACAUUGACCUGUUUGAAAUAAAUGAGGCAUUUGCAUCGCAGUAUGUUUAUUGCAUUAAGAAGCUGGAGCUUGAUCAAGAAAAGGUUAAUGUGAAUGGUGGUGCAAUUGCUCUCGGGCAUCCUUUAGGGGCUACAGGUGCCCGCUGUGUUGGAACUCUUCUUCAUGAGAUGAAACGUCGUGGGAAAGAUAGUCGCUUUGGAGUGAUCUCAAUGUGCAUAGGGUCAGGCAUGGGGGCUGCUGCUGUUUUCGAAAGAGGAGACUUUGUUGAUGAACUGUGCAAUGCUCGAAAGGUGGAAAGUAACAGCCUUCUGUCGAAGGAUGCCCAAGCAGAGACACGUGGUGGUCGCCAUUGGAGUGCAUGGAAACAGACAAUUAAGGCAGCACGAGAUGGUUGGAGAGUUAGUGGAGUCACUAUGGCGAGAGUAGUUAGGUACUCUGGGCAGAAUUCAUUUGAUGGAGUUAGGUACUCUGGGGAACCAAUAGUUUUUGCCUGGGAGCUCAUGAAUGAACCUCGGUGUGCAUCCGGUUCUGCUGCUGCUAUUCUUCAGGUGAACCAUUGA